AUGGAAUGUGGAGUCAGACACACUUUGGGGUUUCGAAACAGAAUUAAGCAGAAACCUGCAACCAGAAGAGGCAUCUUAGCAGUCAUAAGUGCUGUUUAUGAUCCAUUGGGUUUGGCAUCACCUGCAAUUCUUCUGCCCAAGAUGGUGUUACAGAAAAACUUUGCGGUUAACAGAUGUGUGAAACCAGAAGACUUUGGUGAACCUGAAACCUUUAAAUUACAUCACUUAUCUGAUCCUAGCGAGUUUGGAUAUGGCAUAGUAUCCUAUGUCAGAAUGGUGAAUAAAGAUGGUCGAAUACAUUGUGCGUUCGUAAUGGCGAAGGCAAGAGUUGCACCCCUUUCAAUACCUCAUAUGGAGUUAACUGCAGCCACUGUAGCAAUUUGCGGGGACAGACUACUGAAACAGAAAAUUAAUUGGACAGUUGGAAAGUCCUACUUUUGGACCGACGACACUACAGUACAUAGGUAA